AUGAGGGCCCUCUUGGUGUUCACUGCUCUCCUGGCAGUUGUUUUCGGCACCGAGAACUUUGUGGGUCACCAGGUGCUAAGGAUCUCGGCUGCAGAUGAAGCUCAAGUGGAGAAGGUGAAGGAUCUGGAAGGACUUGAUGAUCUCCAGUUGGAUUUCUGGCGGGCUCCCGUUCACCCCAAGUUCCCCAUAGAUGUGCGUGUCCCAUUCGCCAGCCUGCAGGGGGUCAAGUCCUACCUGGAGUAUCAUGACAUCGACUACUCCAUCAUGAUUGAGGAUCUUCAGGAACUGGUGGAUGAGGAAAAACUGUAUAUGUCACGCCGGCAUUUUAUGCCCCUGUCAAUCGAGACCUUUAACUAUGCUUCCUACCACAGUCUGGAUGAGAUCUAUGGCUUCAUGGACCUCCUGGCAGCUGAAAAACCCAACCUGGUCAGUAAAAUCCAGAUCGGCCGUAGUUAUGAGGGUCGCCCGAUCAACGUCUUGAAGUUCAGCACAGGGGGAGUCAAGCGGCCAGCCAUCUGGAUCGACACCGGGAUCCACUCUCGCGAAUGGGUCACGCAGGCCAGCGGGAUCCUGUUUGCCAAGAAGAUUCUCGAUGGUUACGGCAAGGAUGCGUCCCUGACCUCCAUCUUGAACAAUUUUGAUAUCUUCCUGGAAAUCGUCACAAACCCAGAUGGUUUUGCUUUUACUCACUCCAAGAAUCGGAUGUGGCGCAAGACCAGGUCUAUCAACAGUGGAUCGUCCUGCGUUGGAGUAGACCCCAACAGGAACUGGGAUGCAGGCUUUGGAGUGGCCGGCUCCAGCGGGAACCCCUGCUCCGAGACGUACCGUGGGCCCAGCCCCAACUCUGAGCCCGAGGUGAAAGCCAUUGUGGAUUUUGUGAAGAGCCAUGGCAAUAUCAAGACUUUCAUCUCCAUCCACAGCUACUCCCAGCUUCUCCUCUAUCCCUAUGGCUACACCUCCAAAAAGGCUGCUGAUCAACAGGAGCUGGACGCUCUCGCUAAGAAGGCGGUCGAUGCUCUCGCUUCCCUCCAUGGGACCAAAUACAAAUACGGCAGCAUCAUAACCACCAUCUACCAAGCCAGUGGCGGCACCAUCGACUGGACCUAUGAACAAGGCAUUAAGUACUCGUACACGUUUGAGCUGAGAGACACAGGCCGGUACGGGUUCAUGCUCCCUGCCAGCCAAAUCAUCCCAACCGCAGACGAGACCUGGCUGGCCUUGAAGGUCAUCAUGGAGCACACACGCGAUCAUCGGUACUGA